AUGCCGGAACUAAUUGACAAGGACAAUGCCGAGUCUCAGCUGCUGCAGGCUCCGCCGGGUCGCCGUGGAGGUAUGCGUGGGAGAGGAGCGUCGGCUGGCGGCCCAUCGACAUCUACUAACAGGAAUCAUCCUUUCAAGCAGCAUCAGCAGCAGUAUGACAAGUCGGCGACUCUCGAUCGAAAGUUCGAUUCCCAGUCGGGGAAUAAAAAUUACACGAAAGAUAAUUUUGUUGAUGACCGGACUCAUCAACGCCCGUCGACUGGCAGUGGUCGUCGUCGGGAUGCUCCUGCGCCAACGGGUGGAGAGGGUCUCAACAAGUUCACAUUGGGUGAUAUUCGUAAGGCUGAAUCGACUAUAGAGAAGAGUUCUAUGACGGUUGGGGAGUAUGUAGAGAAGGUCGCCCGUGGGGAGAUAUCGGGAGACGCGAGCCCUGCCAAGAGGGGUGGACUAGCGAUGAAUAGUAUCUUUGAUCAAGUCUCGACGGGGAAAGGAAGCAAUAGGAUGUCUGAAUGGUUGAAGCCGCGAAAAGAGCAGCCUGCUGGAAUUGAUAUAGCGGAGCAGCGAAAAUUGAAGGACGGCUUGCCCAAGGGAGCUGUAACGCUUGAAGAGCUUGAAAGAGGUGCCAAGCCUGCGCCUGUAGCUGCGAGGGACUCUGGGGACGGUAGUAAUGAUGCUGGUCGGGCCCUGCUGGCAAUGAUCGGUGGUGGUGGAGGAGGAGGAGUAUCGACUAGCAGCAAUGGGAGAGAUAACUCUAAUGAGCAGUCGGGCAUGGGUAAUGUGCAUGAUGAAACACUGAGGAUCUUGCGGGAGCAGCAGCGACUGAGGUCUCAACAACAACAACACGGACAUCGGGAGAAUGCUGAUAAAGCGGAACAGAUGAAGCGUCUACAGAGGCAACUAGCUCAGGUCAGAACGAAAGGUCAAGUCUCCCCUACUUCCUCGGGCAACAACCAGCAUGUGUCACCGAGAAGGGGGAGUGGUGAUAUGAGCAGGGCGGCUGACAGUGCUUAUGGUCCUAAUCAAGCCACUCAUUACGCAGCUCAGCACAGGGCUGCUCUCAGUCAAGGAUCCAGAGGAGUCGGUAACAUGCCAGCAUCAGCAGCAGUGAUACCCCCUCCGCCGAUGGGCGUAUACGGCCGUCCGGCUCCUCCUGUGUAUGGCGGGAUGCUCAAUCGACCUCAGCAGAGUCGGCAAGAAGAAAUGCAAAUGUUGUUACAGCAGUUACAGCAACAACAGAUGCGUCAAGAGCAGCAAUACGACCCGCACCAGAUGGCUCGUCGUCAGCAACAUCAGCAAAUGGCUGCAACAGCCGCGGCAGCCGCUGCUGCUACUAGAGGCCAGCGAGGAGGCUUCCAACCACAACAGCCGAAAAUCGUUGUAGAUGAGAUGCCUCUCCCAUCGGGUCUACUGAUAUCCUCCCGUGUCGCAUUGAAAUCGACAUCGUCGUUUUCGUCGGUCCUGCAGCAGUUCGCUCGGACAGCCGUGAGUAAGGAGAAGGGUGGUAUUAGUGGAGCUUGGACACAGCUGAUGGAUCCAUUGCCUCAGCGAGGGGAGACCAAUAUGGCGAGGGGAGAGAAGCUUGGAGAGGUGGACCUGAAGUGGCUAGAAGAGUUAAAGAAACGCCGGUCGGUGGAUUCCUCGCCUGCCAGCCGUGGCGAUGAUGGCGGCAGCGCUGGGCAAAGGGAAGAAGUUGAGUUGGAAAGUGAACCCUGGGUUCAACAAACACUCGAGGAAACGAAUGUUAGGGCUGGAGAAAUGGGCCUGUUCGCAUAUCCUGCCGCUAGCAGUAGAUGGACCCGCUUCCCUCUGGCAUCGAUGGGAAUGCUAUUGGCCGUGUUGGGGGUCUCUGCUGAGUUGUCGUACAUGAUGACUAAGCAAGGUGAGGAAGGCGAUGAGCUGACGAUGACCUCGAUAAGGAAUAGAGCUGAGAGAGCUGUUGAUUAUGUGUAUACAAUGGCUGUAGAGAAGGAUGACAACUUGAAAGUAGUCGAUGGCGCGCUCACGUCUCUUGUGACGUGUUCGUUGUUGCAUCCGGAAGGAGACAGUUCUCGGGCAUCCAGACUCGUUAGUGGGGCUCUUCUACUUACUACGGGGGCCAUCAUGGAGCGACUAUAUGGUCCUGUUAGAUACCUCGGCGUAGUGACGGCAGUAACGGCUAUAAGUAACUUUGUUGGUCUGCAAUUGAGUGGGACAGAGCUCCCCCUCCUUGGCUCGUCUCCUGCUGUAUUCUUUGGUGCGGGUUACCUAGGCAUGCUCCGGCCUUUCUCGAUGUGGGCUUGUCUACCCAACAUCCCUAUCCCUUGCCUUUGGCUCAUGGCUCCUAUCACUGUCAGCCUCACCACUCGGGCGUGGUAA